ACGGUGAAGAGGGUUAAGUGAAUUGUCACUCCAGUCGAUAACCUCUUGAGCUGCCGCGACGAAGAAAAAGUCUGCAAGUGUGUGUGUGCGAGAGAGAGAAUGGCUUUUGAGAGGAAAAUUAAAAUCACGAUUUCCAAGUGCUUUUUUUCCACAACACUCUGGCAUUGUAUGAUGUCAUUCAGUGUGUGAAACCCAAGUCUUGCUCGCUCAGUUAUAAAUCGUCGACGAAUUGAAGUUGAUGCUUCACGCUCGGCGAUCAGCAAUUUAAGGGGAGUGAAAGAAGAUAGCGUAAGAGUUUGAGUUAUACUUUUAUCGGUGCAAUUCAGAAUUUGAUAAUUACGCCAUUGGGUAAAAGUUUGUGGUACUGAAUUCGGUGUAGUAUGCGGAAUAAGAGUUGCAAAAGAUGGUAAUUGAUCAAUUGAGUGUGUGGCUGACUGUGGCGCUUGUAGUCUGUGGAACUUGUAUCGCCUCGGGAGGAUGCUUUGUCAUACCGAAGGCUCGCUUUGAAGUGUUACGUCCCUAUGGAUUGCGAGUCUCCAUUCCAGAUGUUGCGGGAAUUAAAUUAUUCAGCUUUCAUGGUGCUGUAAAUGAUGAGAUUCAAGUUAAUCAACAAGGGAUCAUUCACGGUGACGUGACUGAGGCGAUUGAUGGACGAUGGACUUUUACCGACCGGACAGUCGCCGUCAAAGGUGACGAUGUUAUUAAUUAUUGGAUUUAUGUGCAAUUCAAUAAUCUCGGCUAUCAUACGGAAAAUAAACAAUUAGUCAUGGAAGCAUUAAAUGCGACCCUGGAGAGCAAAGCUGAGUGUUCCUGUUGCACACCAAUUCAUCAUCACUAUCACUAUCACUACUAUAAUUUGCCAGACGAUGGGGCAAGUUCAGGAGGGAACAGCACACGUCAGAGCCAUCAGCAGGAUAUGAAUUGGUCGGAGACAGUUGCCAAUCUUCAGCAGCAGGUGAAUCGCACUGUGGGUAAAUUGGACUAUCUUCUUGGGGCCAAGAUAAAUCCUCUGGAGGAAGAGUUGGGCACGCUCAAGGACAUGGUGAACUUUAUCCAGAAGCGGCUCGACGGGAACACGGCAAAUUCAAAUCUCCCCAACGAAUUGCUCCUCAUUGGCUCCUUUCCCGCCCAAAUUCCAUCUCUCAUUGACUAUCUGAAUGACUUUAUGCGGGAGAAGCUCGCCGUGAUGAACAUUCAGGGGAAGAUUGUGAGAGCUCACCAGCCGACGGUGAGCGAAAUUGUCUUUGAGGUGUCUACAAUGGCUGAUAAGCUGCUCCUCCUCAGAACUGCGAAGGAGAUGAAAUUGAUCGCGGAGGCCGGCUACCUUCUCGUGAGCUCCCCUCCUGAUCCAUAAUGAGACUAUUUAAUAUCCGCGGGACUUGUUAUCAGAUAUAUUUGCCACACAAAUGGGGUUAAAUUCCUGGCCAAGUGGCUGAGGACGGGCAGAAAAACUGAAAAGGACAAAAUGUAAUUGUAAUCUAAGACAAUAGGAGAGAAAUUGAUGAGCCCAUGAGCAUGCUAAAGAGACAUUAGGACAAAUUUCACGAAGAAAACAUUCCAGAGGAGUUGAACGAAAAAUGGGGGUGAAUUGUAUUGAUUGAACUCAAGCAGUGACAUUUCCAUUACCAAAGUGUCGCAGUCUAAUCUAGCCUAGAGAUGUACAUGGCUGAAGCAUGAAUUUUAGCCACUUGUGAUGUUGAAAAUUUACACAUGUUGGAAACUUUUCAAAAUCAAAUGAAUAUGCAUAGAUUUAUGCUAUGUAAAAGCACUACAUAACAUGUGUAUAUAACCUAAGGUACAACGAAGUAAAACUUUGA